GGCAAGGUUGCGCCUAAGUUCCUCCAGGACCUCCUCCGGCUCGAUCCUCAAUCCAUCGUCGCGAACCGUAAUAUCCUUCUCGACACCCCUCCGCAGUUCGAUGGCAAGGCUCGCACUGGUCCACCUUUGGUCUUGGACAGGGGUAGCUGCAAGCAUGAGUACUACACACAUCUAGAUCGCUGCAAUCUGCCGCGUCUCGACGAGUCUGCACAACAAGAUACUCGCUGGAAGGUCGCUGCGUCCUGUAGGAAAUGCCGUCUCUAUCUCAUUCUCUCCAUCGACUAUCCCGAAACUGGUUGUCGACAACCGUGUCCUAACCGAGACUUCCCUCUCCACCAUCUACGCUACACGCAAUCCACCUCAUCACAAGCCAGCUACCACUUCGAGUGCUCCAACCUCGCCUGUCAAGCCCAUGUCCACGUUGCCUACGAAAAACCUGUCCUUUCGAAAGAAGACAUCCUAGUCCUUACCGACACGGAAGCUCUGAAACGUCGUUAUGAGCACGUUCUCGAAGCCACACCAGACCGUGAGGGUGUGCGCCAGGCUACUCCUCUGGACGUCUUCACCCGUUUCAAGAGAUAUGUUUCGGAUUCUUUGAACCAGGAUAAUGUUAGACGCAGCUUUCCCGCACGAAAUAAGAGAUUCAUGGAAGCCUUUGGAACAGACUGUGACUUGCUACUCUAUCGCAUGGGUUUUAGGAAAGCCGAGGACGCAAAUGGCGAUGAUCAAUGGACAAUACCUUCGCCGAAAUCAAUUGACGACCCGGACUUGUUGCGUCCGAUGCUCGAGAGACUGGUCAUCGAGUUACAGUACCUGAUGGAUGAGUACUGCGCAAGCCAUGCAGCUCCCAACCCAUUUCGGCCGAUGUAUCGGGACGCGAAAGCAGACCUGGCUCGUACACUGAGCGCACAAGACUACGACAAGGUUCCUGGACGCAACUUGGGUUCAAAUGAAGAGGACCAUCCCUGCUAUGCCAGUCUUGGUGCCCUUGGUGAUUUUUCAGAUCGCUUGAUUGCCUUUUGUUACGAAAGGCAGGCGACGUGCGACCCUGCGGCAGGACCUUACUAUUUCGAUUGCCUCUCAGAACUCGCAACGGGUAGAGGCAGUGAUAUGCUUAUCACCAAAUCUGCCACACUUGCGUCGGAGAACGUCCUGGGCAGAAAUGAGAUCAACCAAGCAUACAAGGCUCUGGGCAUUGACCCGGACGUGCAAAAGACUAUUGACGAUGAACAGAUUAUUGGAAUCUACAGAUCACGAUGGUCAGAUUCUAGCGCUACAAGACAGGCAGAUCUCAAGACAGCAUUGAAAACGUUAGGUCAUGCCAGAGGCAGUCGCUCAAUACUCGAUACUGCUGCGGAUACCGUGGAAACAUACGAACAGGCGCUUGCGUGGCUCGGCGCCGAUGCGUCUCAAGCAGACGAUACAAUUGUCGCUUUGUAUGGCGUCAAAGUCGAUGACAGUUACAACGAUCCGAUGACCAAAGAUCUUGCUCGUCGCGCUGUCGACUUGAUCGCCAAGUAUCGCAAGAGCGAUAUCCUCGAGAGUUGGCUUGCCACUGGCGAAAUGACUUCGCAAACGAUGACACUCGAAGAAGCGUGCAAACAUCUGGAGAUUCCCAAUCUCGAUGAAGUCGUCCCAGAAAUGAUUGAGUUCCAAUUCGAGAUGGUCAGAGAUGGAAAACCCGGACCAACAACCGACAAAGCUAUCGUCGUCGUUCGUAAAGCCAUGGAUGAACGACAGUUCGGGCAACAGACGACGCAGAGCUGGCCUGUUGGACUGAUCAGCCACGGAAACACCUGCUACCUCAACAGUCUCCUCCAGUAUUAUUUCACCAUCAAGCCUCUGCGUGAGCUCGUACUCGAUUUUGACAAGUUUAAGUAUGAUCUGGCAACCCAAGGCGCAAAGACUGAGCGUGUUGGAAAUCUCCAUCGUCCUGAUUAUGAGAUCGAAUCAUUCCAAAGCCUCACCAACGAUCUCCGCCAUCUCUUCCAGCGCAUGAUCAGUGACCGUGGACCAGCGGUCAAACCUGAGGCAGAUCUGGUCUGUAGAGCUUUCUUAAAGCCAACCAGUCCUGAAGCAAAUACAGCAGGCUCACAACAGGAUGACGGAGUGGACGUCAACAUGAUUUCAACCGAGAACGAGGGCCAUCCCGCUGGUGAAGCGGCCCCAGGUAACGUCGAUCAUUCGUCAACAGUCUCUCAAGUCAGCUCGAACACACUCCAAGGCGACGCUGUGCUUACUCCGCCGGUCACGCCUAAAGUCGAGAAAGAAGGCGAACUUCUCGCACCGCCACUGCCGCCUAGAAGGCCAGCAACACCGUCACAACAGACCAAAACAAAUCUGGAAAAAGCAGAAGAAGCUGCCAGACAGCAGCAAGAUGUCGCUGAAGUUAUGGAGGAGUUGCUGACAAGGCUGAGAGCAUCUAUCAAGCCACUCGGUCAGGAUCCUCAGGGCGAGCAGUUGGACCAGCUUCGAGAUAUCUUCAACAUGCGCAUUGUUGAUACAAUCAUCCCGGAAGGCGAGCAACCUUCGACGAAAGAGGACGACUUUACAAACCUGAUGCUUUUGCCACCCUACGAGCCCACCGAUAUCUACUCUGCUCUCAGUCGGGUUCUCGACCUACACCCAGAGCCAGAAGCUAGCAAGCCAGUCAAUGUGUACAAGACCUUGACGUCUUUCCCUCCAAUCCUUCAGAUCAGCAUCAAUCGCAUUCGUUUGGGUCGGGAUGGCAAGCCAGUCAAGAGUGUUGAUCGCAUCAGACUCGAGGAGACUCUGUAUAUGGAUCGCUAUUCGAACGACGAGGCUGUACUCGCCCGACGCAAGCAAUGCUGGGAGUGGCAAAGACGCUUGCGUAGCCUCCAGGCAGAGAAAGAGACCAUUCAGAAGACAGACACUGGCAUCGACGGUCCAUCUACGCUGAAUGCUGUAGGGGAUUGGUUGUCCACUCUGCCUGAAUGUAACGAAAUCCUUUCGGAAACCGGAGUGGAUCCGGUUGAGUUGCCCGAGUCGCUUCCUGCAGAUCUCAAGCAAGAGAGCGAUCUUCAGCGCGCGCGCCUACCCAUUAUUGACAACGAAGUAAGAGAGCUGGAGGACAGCAUUACCAAGCAGUUCUCUGGACCUGAUUUCGAAAAGCUCAAGUACCGACUGCAUGCCGUCUUCUUCCAUCGUGGAAGCACCGGUCAUGGUCACUACUGGACAUGCAUCUAUGACAUCCAGAACAACAUCUGGCGUUCUUACAACGAUGAGAAGGUUGAGCAGGCUCGCAGGCUCGACGACAUCCUGAAUGCAGAGAGCUGGCAGCAAGGAACACCCACAUACGCGGUGUACGUUCGAGACGAUACCAAGGAGCAAUACGUCGAGCCGUUGUGCCGCGACGUCGAAGAAGUGGCCGACGAGCCCAUGCCUGAUGCAAUUACUUCAGUCGAGUCAAUGCCCGAUGCAACCCCAUGGAACCCAGCAGCUGUGGAAGCCAGCAACAACAUCAAAACGGAGGGAAACUGGAUGGACGAACCGGUAAAAGAGAUCAGCUGGUAG